AUGCGGCCACCAGGAUCGAUCCGGGCUGCUCGGCUUUAUCGGAUUGUUCCAGGCUCCCGGGAGGGGGUGUACCUCUGGGACCAGCCUGAAGAGGGCAGCCUGGGGACGCCGCUCAGCUUAGAGGAGCAAGUACUCAACUCGACGUUUGAAGCUUGUGACCCCCAGAGGACAGGCAUCGUGGCCGUGACCCAGGUGGUGGCCUACCUGGAGACUGUGACGGGACGGGGCCCCCAGGAUACACGCCUCCAAACACUGGCCCGCAGCCUGGACCCCAAUGGGGAGGGACCUCAGGCCACUGUGGACCUGGCCACUUUUCUGGCCGUCAUGAGGGACUGGAUCGCCACCUGUCAGCUGGACGAGGGAUUAGAGCUGGAAGAGGACACUGCCUUCGAGGGGGCCCUGACCCCCCAGCAGCUGCCAUCUGGAUGCCCAGAAGCUGAGGAGCCGGCUAACCUGGAGAGCUUCGGAGGCGAAGAAGACCCCAGACCCGAGCCGCCGGCCACAGCCGACCUGCUGAGCAGCCUGGAGGACCUGGAGCUCAGCAACCACCGCCUGGCCGGCGAGAACGCCAAGCUGCAGCGCAGCGUGGAGACGGCCGAGGAGGGCGCGGCGCGCCUGGCCGAGGAGAUCGGGGCCCUGCGCAGGCAGCUCCGCAGCGCCCAGCAGGCUCUGCAGUUCGCCAAGGCUGUGGAUGAGGAGCUGGAGGACCUGAAGACUCUGGCCAAGGGCCUGGAGGAGCAGAACCGCAGCCUUCUGGCCCAGGCCCGGCAGACGGAGAAGGAGCAGCAGCACCUGGUGACCAAGAUGGAGUCCCUGCAGGAGGAGAAUGGGAAGUUACUGGCCGAGCGCGACGGAAUGAAGAGGCGGAGUAAGGAGCUGGCCACGGAGAAGGAAGCUCUGAAGCGGCAGAUCUACGAGUGCGAGAGCCUCAUCUGCCAGCGAGACGCCGUUCUCUCCGAGCGCACCUGCCACGCAGAGAGCCUGGCCAAGACCCUGGAGGAGUACAAAGCGACCACCCAGGAGCUGAGGCUGGAGAUUUCACACCUGGAGGGGCAGCUGAGUGAGACCCACGAGGGCCCAGACGAGCCGCCUGAAGGGGCCCAGGUGAGGAGAGUGGGCUGGACCAAGGUGCUGCCCCCGUCGCUGGGCUUGGAGAUCAAGGCCAUUCAGCAGAAACAAGACAUGGCCGCUGAGGCAGAUCUCUCGAGCCCUCUGUGUGGAGUGUGGCAGUGGGAGGAAGUCAUUGAUGAGACCCACGAAGAAGCCAUGAUUCCACCUGAAGCCCCUCCUGGGGGCCAGACAAGCUUCCAGGAGGAGCCCUUGCGGCUGGGAGAAGAACACAGGAAGUGCUCCCCGUGCGUGGGCCGGGCGCAGGCGGCUUGGAGCUGUGAUCUGCCCGUGUCACCAGGGACCAGCCAGGAGGAGGGGCUGACGGCGGGCAGGCCCUCAUCCCAGGCCGGACCGCCACACUUCCAGCAGAUGGGGCUGCCCAGAAGAGAGGAGGAGGAGGCGGAGGAGGCUGAGGCCCCGCUCAGGGCUGCCUUCCCCGUUCCUCCCGGAGCCCCUCACCCUGAAGACACCCCAGGAAGCCCUUCUGAGAGCAGCCCUGUCGCACCCGAACCCCAGCGCGCCCUCCAGCGAGCCCUGGUGCCGGCGGCAAAUGGACCUGCGGGCCACCAUGCCCGGAUGUGUAUCGAUGAGCUGUUUGUCAAAGCUGAUAGAUGA